ACACCGGAAACAGCGCUACUCUAUUUUGUUGUGCUUGACUUACUUAUUUUGACAAUUUUUUCUCGCACCUUUUCACGUUUUUGAGUUCUUUAUUUAGCACAGAAACGAUGUUGUGAAGCUCUGUCGACCUCUGUGAAAUAGUUCUGGUAGUUGGACACCAUUCCGUUUGAAUUAGCAUGCAGGUUCCGCUUGUCUGUAGCUAGCAGGUAACUUGGUUUAGCUAGCUAGCCAGGUCACGUUGAUGUGGACUUGGGGCUUUGCUCAGCAUGCCGCUCGUCCCUGCUAACCAGUCCCAGCUGAUCCGGGCCACUCAGAAGGAUGAACACUAUCAAACCUUCCUGAGAAACAACGCCAACGAGGCUUUCCAGACAUUUGCUGGAUCCAAGAGAUGGCUGGAUUGGAGGAAAGAGAUAGAACUGGUGUCAGACCUUGCAUAUUAUGGUUUGACUACAUUCUCAGGCUACCAAACCCUGGGUGAGGAAUAUGUCAACAUUGUCCAAGUGGACCCCAGUAAACGUCGCAUACCCUCCCGGGCCAGAAGAGGCCUCCUUGUGUUCUGUCACACCUUUGUACCUUACAUCUUGGACAAGGUCCUGGUGUGCCUGGAGAACGAGCUGGAAGGCCAAGGGGAGAACCAGGGUGGAAGCAGUCGGCGGGAAGUAGCAUCCAGUCCGUGGAGUCUAGGAUUUUGGCUGAGGAGCUGCAUCUCGAGGGUAGUGGGGUUGCUGUCAGAGCACCAGAGGAGAGCAUGCCAGCCAGCAGUGUUUGCCCUCCAGCAGGGCCUGACCCUCCUCCGUCGAGUCCACGUAGCUCUGUUCUAUAUGAAUGGGGCUUUCUACCACCUGUCCAAGAGGUCGGCUGGUGUUAGCUAUCUGCAAGUAUUAGGAGUGAAUGGUGAUGACCAGGCCAUCAGAACCAGCUACAGGCUGCUAGGAGUUGUAUCGCUCCUCCAGCUGGCCCUCACUGUGGCUCUGCAGGUUAACAACUUCAGACAGAAACAGAGAGCCAGGCAAGAGUGGAAACUCUACAGAAACCUCACCUCCAGGUCCCAGCAUGUAGACAGUGAAUGUCCCAGGGCCGGUCGAUGUAUCCUUUGCUUGGAGGAGAGGCGGCACUCCACCUGCACCCCUUGUGGCCACCUCUUCUGCUGGGAGUGCAUCACUGAGUGGUGCAACACCAAGACAGAGUGCCCCUUGUGCCGUGAGAAGUUCCAGCCUCACAGACUUGUGUACCUGAGGAACUACAACUAGGCCGACAAAACCAAAUACCACAGAUGUGACAUAAUUCAAAAUGCAAAGUUUUCUUGGAGUGUAGUAGAUUUUAGUACUGUGAAGGCAAGUCACCACUCACAAACCUAAUUUUGCAGCAGUUACACAAAACUUUGUGCCAGUAACUGGGCCAACAUUAUUACAGAAAUAAUACAAGAGGGAAGUAUUGAAAUACUGCUUCCUGAAAUAAACCAUGGGCACAAAAAACACUUUCCUAUUUUAAUUACAUUGAUUAAGGAAAGGGUUUUUUUUUAUUAUUUAAAAUGGAAUAUUGGAUUGUAUCAGUCUGCUUAUGUAAAAUACUGUUAACACCUACUGUAAAUAUAGAAGACUGCAGUAAAAUACAGAAAAUACCCAACAGUC